AUGGAUAUCCAAUUCGAAGACUUGACGUACGAGGUGAAGCCCCCGUUUUGGCAAACCAAAGUACCGCCAAGAACAAUAUUGAAGUCGGUAAAUGGACGAUUUUCAGCUGGUGAAUUAUCAUGCAUUAUGGGACCAUCGGGUGCAGGAAAGAGCAGUUUACUUAAUACACUAUCCGGUUACAAUUAUAAAGGUGUAAGCGGGACUUUGAAGUUGAAUAGUCAAGUCAGAGACGAGAAGUUGUUUCGUAAGUUAUCAUGUUACAUAAUGCAGGAGGACAAGAUUCAGCCCAUGUUGACUUUGAAUGAAGUUAUGAUGUUCGCAGCGGAACUUAAACUAUCCAAUGGUACACUGACCAAAGAAAAACAAAUGAUCGUGACAGAAAUUCAAAAUGUCUUGGGACUGUCUGAGAGCAAAAAUACAAGGACCGAAUUCUUGUCGGGAGGCCAGAAAAAGCGGUUAUCUAUUGCUCUGGAACUCAUCAACAACCCGCCCAUAAUAUUUCUCGACGAACCUACUAGUGGCCUGGACAACGUUUCCAGCACCUACUGCCUGCAACUAUUGCGUGGGCUUGCGCACCAGGGUCGUACCAUCGUGUGCACCAUCCACCAGCCAAGUGCCAGCAUGUUCCAGCUGUUCGACCAUGUGUACGUGCUGUCGCAGGGGUACUGCGUGUACCAGGGCUCCACCGACCAACUGGUGCCGUUCCUGUCUACCGUCGGGCUGCACUGCCCGCUGACGUACAACCCGGCCGACUACAUAAUCGAAGCGACCGACGGUGAGGAACAGGACAACAUUGAAAAGUUGGCAGCGGCCACGAUCAACGGCAAGCAGUCGCUGUACAAGACGAGGGACGUCAACAACUGCUACUUGAACGAGGACACGACGAAAUCUGGCGAAUUGCUCUUGCCGGAACUUAACGGCAAUGUGAUCACUACUAAAUUGCUCCCUUUGCCACCAAUAAAGUACAAAGCAGACGAUGAAGUGGACAACGAUGACGACGAAGAUGACGUGGUGAAACCCGGAAACACGUGGUGUGUGGACUUUCCAACUUCCGGUUGGUCGCAAUUUUGCACGCUUUGGAAGCGCAUGGUCUUGCAAAUGUACAGGAACAAGAUCGGUUUAAACAUACAGUUUUACCAUCAUCUGAUCUGUGGCCUGGCAGUAGGCAUAGUGUUUUAUGGAAAGGCUAACGACGGCGAACAGUUCUUCAACCACAUGAAAUUUUGUAUGGGCAAUAUUCUUUUCCACACGUUCACGCAGUCGAUGGUUCAAGUGCUUGCAUUUCCAUCCGAAGUGAAACUGCUAAAACAAGAAUACUUCAACAGAUGGUAUAGCUUGAGGCCGUAUUUCUUGGCUCUACAGUUGUCAAGAGUGCCGUCCAUUAUAUUUUUUAGCAGUAUUUAUACGACUUUGGUAUAUUUCAUGUCCGGGCUACCGUACGAACUCUUGCGGUUUUCGAUGUUCAAUAUCAUUUGUCUACUAGUUUGUUUCGUCUCCGAGGGCAUGGGACUGCUCGUGGGUGCUGUGUUCAACGUGACGAACGGCAGCGCGGUUGGCCCAAUGAUGAUAGCACCGUUUUUGGGACUGGCCAUUUACGGGUUCGACUUCGCGCACCAAGUGCCUUGGAUAAUGGAGUUCGUAAUGCAAGCCAGUUUCUUGCGGUGUGGAGUUAUCGGGCUGGUCAUCACCGUGUUCGGGUUGAACAGGGAACCGCUGCACUGCGACACGGGCUACUGCCACUUCAAAGACCCAAACAUCAUAAUUUACUACCUGAACGUGGACAGGAAGCAUCCAUACUUCGAGAUCAUCAAGUUGGUUGUCAUGCUCUUGCUGUUCAGGUUUCUCACGUAUUUCGCGCUCCGAAGGAGGCUCACUAGCUAA